CGUUCCUCAGCGCCGUCUCUGUAAAAUUAGCGAAUACUGCAGUAAGAAGUGAGUGUGUAUGUGUGUGUGUAACGACCAAGAGGAGAGAUCCAGCGGGGAUUAAUAUUUGUAGAAUCCGACUCCUCUGCCGAGCUACAGACAUGGCAGCCAUUCGGAAGAAACUAGUGAUUGUCGGCGAUGGAGCUUGCGGGAAAACAUGUCUUCUCAUUGUUUUCAGUAAAGACCAGUUUCCUGAAGUCUACGUCCCAACAGUGUUUGAGAACUACAUCGCUGAUAUCGAGGUUGAUGGAAAACAGGUGGAGUUGGCAUUGUGGGAUACUGCAGGCCAAGAGGACUAUGACAGAUUGAGACCUCUCUCAUAUCCUGAUACAGACGUCAUCCUCAUGUGCUUCUCCAUCGACAGCCCUGACAGUUUAGAAAAUAUUCCGGAGAAGUGGACCCCUGAGGUGAAACAUUUCUGCCCCAAUGUUCCCAUCAUCCUGGUGGGGAACAAGAAGGACCUGAGGAAUGAUGAGCACACACGGAGAGAGCUCGCCAAGAUGAAGCAGGAGCCGGUAAAGACAGAAGAAGGCAGGGAUAUGGCCGGCAGGAUCAGUGCUUUCGGUUACUUGGAGUGCUCUGCUAAAACCAAGGAUGGCGUGCGGGAAGUGUUUGAGAUGGCCACUAGAGCGGCGCUGCAGGUCCGCAAGCGCAAGAAGAGAGGUGGCUGCACUCUGUUGUGAGCAGCUGGUGUAACCGCCCAGUCCAGACACCAAUCAACCGACCAGUAGAACAGGAGAAAACACACAAAAAGGACCGACCUUUUACCAAAUGGGAUCAUUGUACUGUAUCUUACAUAUCAUAGUAAGACAGGCAGAUGACUCAAACACACAUCUGAAGCAAAUAAUACAAGAAAUGGAUGGACUUCUAUAUGUCUAUAUUACAUCUGUGGUUAAUUGAUGUUUAAAGUUCCUUAUUGAUUUGCAUUUUUUUUUUCUGAAAUCUGUCAAAACAGUUUUCCGACUUGUUUUUCUUUAUAUUGUUACAUAACAAGGCAAUGAUAGAUGCACAUAUUUGUAUGCAAUAUUGUUCUCCACGAGCUUAGGCGAGCAGCGUCCCUCCUAGCGGCUUGUAUAAAAUCUUCUUGAGUUUUGUCCAAACUGUUGUUUUUAAUAAUGUUUCUGUUCAUCGUGGUAGCAGCUGUGCUAGAGAAUGAAAGUGGCUGGAGAUGUCUCUGACCAUAAGAGUUAGUGCCUUUUCUUAAGUUUGUUCACGACACGUACUUCUCAUGUUCGCCAUCCGGCUAAGAUUUUAGCUGAGGGCCUCCAUUGUACUGUAGCUCAUUUUACAGUGUUGUCACUCUGAAACCUGAGCAAAGCCAUAACUAAGGAUUUCAAUGGUGUUGACGACAGUCCCACCGGUUACUCCUUUCACUUUUGUUGAUGUAAGUCAUAAGUGUUUCCUCUGCUUUUGUCACGCUAAGGAUAACUGUAAUAUGAUGAAAGGAGUGAUCUUACCCUCACAUUUAGCUCAUUUUGAUUAAAAAAAAAAA